UUCGGCAAUUUUUAUCGUUACGCGAUUUCAAGAUUAUUAAGAUAAGUACAAAUUUUGAGCUAAACUUUUUUUUUUACUUUCGGUUUCUAUGACAAAAAAUGUUGUUGAGAGGGGGGGGGAUAUACAAACUGCAUAGUGAUGGUGUCUCUGUUUACACAUGUGUAUUUGUAGAGCAAACCGGCAUCCUGGCAACCACUACGAGUAAAAAUAAUAACUGCAGUAAAACUGUACUAUUUAUGCGUAUGUACAGUGUGUUGAAAGAAAUUUUCAAUAAAAAUUAGACAUUUACAUUUCGGGUUAUCUGCACUUUGGUCUGCGAUGCUUUCAUCAAAGCCAAGCUCUGCAUCUGGUCUACUGAUAAGACUUUGAGGAUAGCUUCUUCUGAGUGACUGCUAGCUCAGCUGUGUCCAUACAGUCCAAAACCAAUAUCUCGGCUAGCCUCGCCUAAUGUUACAUAGAUGAGGGAUGAAGCAGUUUGCGUAUGCUAAGCUUGGAAUAGUUGAUGAAAAAAUUUGAAAAUACAUUUUUUAAAGUAGCUGAUGCUUCGUUUUAUACUUCAGAAUAUCGAAAAUAUAAUCGUUUUGAAAAUGUUUACCAAUUCUGAAAGUUUCAAGAAGGUAAUAGCCAUAAAAGCAGAUAGAAACAAAAAUUGGGUAUCAUUCCGCGCAAUUUCUACCUACUUAUUUUUACGGAUAUUUCCGGGAAAAGUGUGCACUCGAAACUUUGGAAAUAAGCGGAUGCCAUUCUAGCACAGAGCAAACGACAACGAGGAGGAGAGCUAUCAGUCGAGACGAUGUCACGGCUGCAUCUGGCGCUUACGCUCGGUUCUUUGGUCUUGCUGGCGGUGCCAAGUGCCCAGUGGCCCUAUCCGCUGUGGUCCACCGCCUCUCAGCCGCAGAAGCCUGCCCGCAACGGCCUUACCAGCAGCAGCAGUCUUCUCCCCAGAGUUCUCAGUUUCUUCCCGGAACCGGUGGCGGAGGAGUGUCUCUCGGCGGAUAAGCGCCGCCGCGGAAUAUGCAUGAACACGUACGACUGCCGCAUCCAGCGCGGCACCUUUCAAGGACCGUGUGCUCUGGGCUUCGGCGUUUGCUGCGUCUUCACCGCGAGCUGCGGCGGCGAGGUGCAGAACAAUCUGACGUACGUAACCAGUCCAGGAUUCCCGAACCUCAUCGAUCAGGCCAUGAAUUGUUCAGUACUCGUCAAGAAGAUCGAGCAGCAAGUCAGCCAGCUGAGAAUCGACUUCCUGCACUUCAACAUUGGACAACCUAACAGGAGGACCGGCGUUUGCGACGAUGACGUUAUGCUGGUGAGAUCCGGCGAGAAGACCUUUCAGCUCUGCGGAUGGAAUAGCGGUCAGCACAUUUACGUGGACAUUGGCGAAGAGCCGGUGACCAUAAACUUCCGGCUGCCGGGCAAUCUGACGUCUCGUAUGUGGGAGAUGCGCGUCGUUCAGCUGGGCUUCGAGCAGCGCGCACCAGCCGGUUGUCUUCAGUACCUCCAGGCGGCCAAUGGCACGCUCAAGACCCUCAACUAUCUUCCGAACGGACGUUACCUCGCCAACCACGACUACCUCAUCUGCAUUCGACAGGAGUACGGCAUGUGCAGCGUCGCUUACGCCCCCUGCACGGAGGAUUCUUUCAGGAUCGGAGGACCCAACGCCAGGAUCAGGAAUAUCACGACUGUGCAGAGCCCCGACGAGGUGGACGAUGGGUCGGGCAGUGCACCCGAAAGCUCGGGGCUGAGCUUGACCAGGUGCAAGGAUCGGGUGCUCAUUCCCUGCGACUUCGAGGAGUUCAUUACGCCUGGCAACGACGGCGCCGGGAUCUGCGACCUUGAGCACUGCGGGACGACGUUCUGCGGUAGUUCCGGCGGCACCUCCACGGCCACGACUACCGAGUCGUCGGAACCAACAACAGCAGCGACGGCUGCGGCGGCAGCAGGCUCGGGUUGUCGCGUGGAAACUUCAGCCCUGCCGUUCCACAUAAGAGUAGCCUUUGGACCAGGCGAGGACACCGGUACAUCGCCGGAAGACAACGUCGGCAUGUGCCUGAGUUACGAACAGUUACCCUGUGUCCCUUGAAUUUGAUUAGACCACCGCGCGUGCUCUCUCUUGCUCUUCCUUCCUGCCCGGCAUUUCUACCUCGUCUCCGCUCUUCCUCUCGACUAUACUUGCCGUAUAAACACAGGCUGCGGCAGCUGCUAUAUAGCACGGCACCCGACGCGUCUGUGUCGCGUUUAUAAACAUGGGCUGGUGUGUCGCGUAUGUGCGAUUGGAGCCGCUGUGGAGCUGCCUCCUGUAUAUGCGGCUGUGCGCGCACCUUAAAUUAAUUAAAGCAAACAGGAGGCGACGCGCGACGACGUCUCUAUUUUGCUAUGCCAGAAUUGGGAAGAGCCAAAUUACGCGCGCAGACGACGCGAGCGAAGAAAGACCGACAGUUAUGUAUACUCGCGAGCAAACGCGAAGGAAGAAGGACGUGUUCUAAUUUCGUUUGAAUAGUUUUGAAGAUUUUCAGCUAUGCGAGGUCGUUCUUCCUUGCGCGUUUGAAUAUUAUUGUUUUCUUUUAAAUUUUAGUUUAUUUUAUUUAUUUUGUUAAUACGUAGGGAUGUGAGAUGCGUUGAUUGGUUGGGCAGAAAAUACUGAUUUGUAAUUAAGCGACGAAUGUUUCAUGGGACGGAUCGAUUGAUUGAAAAUUACGAUUAAUUAUCUCCUGGUAUAAUUUUGCGGAAUCGAUCCACUACUGCGCAAGUAUUAAUUACAGUAUGCAACUCGUUGUUUAGCCUCUGUACCUAUUAUUUGUUGACUAAUUCAUUAGGCGCAUUGUACAAACUGCAAUUUCAAAGGGCUGGCCGACGAUGAUAAAGGGGCAUUUGUUAUUUAUAUGCGCAUAUGUUACGUACACCGAUAUAUAUCUACUCUUUGUAAAUACAUGUUACGUCGUCAUCCAUGCGAAAUAAAAGUCCAACCGUGUCGAGCAACUUUAAAGAAA